UUACUAUGCUUAAUAAACCACUGCAACUUAAAAUUCCUAGUUAAAGAAAGCUAUGAUCAUUGGAAACUAUUCUUGUGUUUCAAAAAUCCUAGCCCAAGAAUUACUGAUUAUUAACAGUAAAAUCCUGGCCCAAGAUAUAAAAUACUUCGAUUAGAAAUUACAAUACUAGAUGUCUAUUUAUGCAGUUCUCAGAAUGAUAGAAAUGAGUUGAGUUAAUUCUAUUUGUGAAUCAUGGAAACUCAAUAUAUUUCUAUCCCUGUAAAUUGUUUAUUGUAGUGGGAUAAGACUGCAAUCUGAAAGGUCUAUGAACACCUAAUCUUUUGCAACCCACAGCUAGCUUAGGCAAUGUUAGGUUAAUUAUAAGAGUAUGGACAAAAUAUAUAUGCAUAUAUAUAUGUAUAAUGCCAAAGACAGUAAUUAUCCAAAGAAUGUCUUCUUCCUUAGCCACACAACUCACUCAAAUCUAAUAAUAUUAUUAUCACUAGGUGUCACAGUAAGCUCGUCAUCGAGAUUGUUGGCUUGUUCUUGAGUUGAAGGUUGGCAAUUAAAAUAGCUGCUAAGAGUGAAUACAAUACCUACAGAUGUAGAGGUUAGGCAGGGGUUUAUUAUUCUUGCAUGCACCUCCAUGGUUGUGAGAUGUUGGUCCUCACUUCAUGGAAGAUCAUCACAGAUGAAACCAACGUUCUUUGUGAUGGGGUUAGGUUGGAUUACUGCACUCCUGACAGUGAUAGCAUCAGCAACUUGAACUUGUUUUUGCUUGGAUACCCUACCAAGACUUGGCUGCUUGCUUGCACUCAGCAUGAGAGAGAUGCAUUAGUUUUGUUUCUUCAAGUCUGAGAAGAUGCCCAUGCAGCACAAGGAAAGGGCAGGAGACUUGAAAGUGAUGCAAGAGGAAGCCUGCAUGAACUCUUGGAUCUGCACUCGUGUAUGUGCAUUAGUUUCUUCUGUCCAAUAAUUAAGAUUGCAUGCAUCCACCAAAUAAAACAUGAAUUCUCCUUGUUUCAGCUAAGCACUGUGUCUAUGACACCAAACAUAUCUAAGAUUCUGUAACACCAGCUGGCUGAGUGUAUCCACCAUGUCUUGUUAGGCUUACACUCCACAAGAAGAGUCUCUUUAAGAUAAUCUCAGGCUUAUGAUGCAAUGGGAUUGAAUGAUUAUGGUAUGAUAGAAGAAAAAGAUACCGUACUUUGUAUAUUACAUCCACCACAUUCAUUGAUGCAAUUAUCCUUCGAUAGAAGAAAAUGAUUGAUAAGAAUAAUUAAGCCAAUAUUUUGGGCUGGAGGAAUGCAAAAGGCACUUUCAAAUGCAAGGAAAAAUAAAGCAGCAGUAGAGAUAUGAUAGCUCGACUAUAGAAAAAGUAGCUAAACUGGUAUGUGAAAGUACAUAUAGAGCCAACCAUAAGUAGAGUAAGUGAACUGUCAUGGGCUUGUAUUUGUCUUAUGCCCAUGUAAAGGCCUCACCUUCGGCAAGUUAGUGGAUUCAUAACUACAAAUCAAAUUAUGAAAAGAUUCAGCCAUUUUGUGGGGAAAAUAAAUCGACCCUGUUGAAAUAUAGAUGCAUGAAACUGAAAGCCAAAUAGGAGAUUCACUUGAUAGAGUAUGUUUGAUCAACUCAGUUGCCAUGUUACCAUCAAAUCAAAUUGGAAAGGUCCAUAUCAAGUAUAUCUUCCCUAAUCCCUCAACCAUUACAGCUUAGUAAACUGUGGAGAACUGCAGUUUACUGGGAAUGUCUCUUCCUAAUUGCAGUGGUGCUGAACACUGUGGAGAAAACAAGCUGCCGUAGUAAAACCUUUUAUUAUCCAUAUUACCAGAUGGUUAAGAUAGAUGCAUUGCAUGCAUCUAUUUUAGCUGCAGCUUUUAUCUAUCUUAACAUUCUAUCUUAAAUGGGUUUAUCUAUCUUAAUAUUCUAUAUACAUUCUCUUUUCAGUGAUAGCAACUUUCUAUGUACAUUGUUGCUUAAUUAUCUAAUAUUCAGAUCCAUAAAACAUCAUGAAGUUGGUUUGAUAAUUAUCUAACAGCAGUUUUCACCUAGCAAAGUAUAUGAUUCAAAUAAAUUGGGCUUUCCUUCACAACUGGCCUCAGCUCAUUGUUUGACCAAUAGGCAGAUUCUUCCCCAAGACACACCUUUCAAAACCUCACAGUCUUGUCAAGUGGAGAGAACCUGGUUCUCCAAGCAGGGGACCUCUGCUACAAUUCAAGGCAUGCAUGUGCAAGCCACAAGUGCCACCUCUGAAGCUCCUGCAAUCCCCAGCAGUCAGCAGUAGAGAAGUUUGGACACAUCUGCAGGUACAUGACUGAAGUCUGAAGGUCUUGUUCAAUUAAUGCCUUCUCUUAUUUUAACUUCAAUCUUUGGAAUCUUCACAACUUGAAACUGGAGUGUGUGAUGGCAGCUAUAUAUAUUGUUUGAAGAACAAAAGAAGACAAGCAGGGUUUUGUUUUGCAUUUCUUCUGUUGACAAUGGAGGAGGAACCAGAAAGAAGCCUGCAACACACUGCCAAACUUGUACCAGUGCAGUGCCAAAAGAGCCUACAUAUGCCCUCUGCCCCACUCCAGCUUUCAACAGUAGUGGACUACCCUAUGCAUCACAUAGCAUACAAAGGAGUACCGGGCGCAGUGAGCGCAGUGAGUGGGUCUUAAUUGCUGAAGAGCUUCAUAGAAAUGAGGGAGGGUGGUUCGGCUUCGAACUUGGCGGUCGUUGAGAGGAAGGAGACGCGGAGGAAACCUGGGGGAUGCAUCGGCGUCUUCUUCCAGCUGUUUGACUGGAAGAAGAAGAAGCAGUUCCCCAAGAAACUGUUCCCUCCUGUCACUGCUGCAAAGCGGGUGUUGAGGAGGAUUGGUGGGCAUGAGAAGCUGACUGUGGCCAAGCACUUGCUGGUUCCACAAGAGAAUAGUGGAGGCAUUGCGGCGGUGAAGAGAGCGGAGACUGGCAGAUCAUGUUCUUCUCAAGAUAGUCUAGCUACAGGAAUGUGUACUCCCGGGUUGGUGGCCAGGUUGAUGGGUCUCGAGUCCAUGCCCGUUGCUCACCAUGACAACACAAGACAUGCUUCGACUUCGGAUUUCGACGACGUCCAGUGUCUGAAAGUUGGUUCAAGGCCUCAGAAGUUGCCGAAGACGGGGAGAUUCUUGAAGAACCGGCGGCCUACCGGAAACGCCAGCCGGAUCGGUUCAGACGCUUUGCAGCUCAACAUGAGCUUGGAGCAGCAGCGCAAGCUCGCUCUGCUGUUGAAGAGCCAAAGGACGCCCUCGAAGAGGAAGAAAGCCCGGCUAGUGGAGGUUGCUACCAAGAUCUUGGAACCGGGUUUGCAGUCCAGGAACCGGUUGAAAUUUGGCGUCACCGGUGUGGGCAUUUCGUCGAACAUUGCAGAAGGUUCUGACGCUCCCUUCCUGUCAAAGAAACCUGAUGAACCCUUGUGCUAUGAUUUCCUCCUCGGCUCCUGCACGAGCUGUGGCAACUUGGUGGAAGUGGUCGACUUGAGGUCAACUGACAAUGCUGCACAAGGACUUGAUCAUGGACAUGGUGCUUUGGACUCCGACUAUGGAUCAGCAUCAUCAUUACCAUCAUCAUCUUGUGAUACAGCUGUGCUGGGAAGUGAGAAAAGAGUAAGAACACUUCCAAUUCGAGGGGAAGAUAUUAAGAGGAGUUCUUCACUGAUUACUGCAAAAGGUCAGAGCAGAGCAGCACCGUUGGCUCUUGAAGCUAAGACUAAUAGUGUUCACAGCAGGGAUAGGAAAUGCAGUGUAAGAAAUGAACAGGAUAUGUGCAGGAUGCCUGAGAGUAUUGCUCCCAAGCAGAACAAUUGGAGGCUGAGUCAGUCAACAUUGUCAAAUGAAAAUUUGGUCUCAGGGUCUAGGCAGCAUAGUCGGCAGUGCAACACAAGAGGCUCGAAUGCGGUGAUUGGGACGAAAAAGUUUGCUGCUGCCAACAAAAGCUUCGAGAGUCGGACGCUUGCAAAUUGCAGAACUAGAGCAUCAAAGAAAAAUGUAAUGAAGCUGGGAAAAUGUGAUCUUGAUCAGGAUAACAUGGUUCCUAAAGGAAGACCUAUGAGUAAUGGAGCCUUCAUGAAGCAAAGAAAUCUUAAAAAAGAGUUGGUGAAGUCCAAAAUUUCAGGAUCGAUCGGUAACCACCUUAGAAAUCGGACUAGCAUUAGAAGUGAUUCACAAGAAGAUGCGAAAGCUGGUGGUCGCAGUAGAAAAACGAAUAGUACAAGUCCUUCGAUGCUUAAUUCACGAACACGGCAAGUAUCAGGGUCUACAUCCCAUCAAAAUAAGGUUGAGAGGAGCAAGGCCUUCAAUGAGCUCACUGGUUGUACUUCUCCAAAGGAACUUGUAUUAAGUCAAGAGAGUGAAAAAUUAUCUUCACAAAAUGAAAUAGAAGAAGAUGCAUUGUUUGCUUAUCUUGAAGAUAAAAUAACAGAUCUGUCCUGUUUGGAUGAGAACAACUUGCAGGCAGAUCAUUAUUUUCCAGGAAUAUCUUCUCUUUCAAUUCUAGAAAGGAUGAUAUCUACACUACUGAAUAGAGGGUCCCCAUCUCCAAAGAAUACUGAUAGAGCGAAAAAUAACUUACAUUUAUCUUGCAUCGAUUCUUCUGACGAUGCCAUCUUUGAUGGACAAAGAGCAAAAACAACUGAAAAAGUUCAGGCAAGUUACAAUUAUUUGGAUAUUCAAGUUAAUUUUCAGACUGGCAUUAAGCUUUCAAAUUUUCUGUUUUGUGCAUUUGCAUGA